UGGAAGGAGAAAGUAGAUGGAGUCCUCCGAUGCCUAGAGAGGCUGGGAGCUGAACGGGCACGGCCCUCUCUCUUCUCUAGUCUCUCUAUAGUCUGUCAAUGUUUCCCGGUUGUUGUGCUUGGUAGGCAAUGGGCAGCAGCAGAGAGGAAGAUUUCGAACCUUCGGCGCUGGGCACUAAAGAGCAUUGGGAUGCAGUAUACGAACAAGAAUUGCAAUUUUUUAAAGAAAGUGGUGAUGCUGGUGAGAUCUGGUUUGGCGAAGAAAGCAUGGCUCGUUUAAUUAGGUGGAUAGAAAAACAAAAGAUACCCCUGAACAGCUCCGUGCUUGACAUUGGAACAGGAAAUGGUGUCUUGCUGGUUGAAUUGGCCAAAUCUGGUUACACAAAUCUUACAGGCAUUGACUACUCUCCAUCUGCAAUUGAACUUUCAAAAAGCAUAAUGGAAAAGGAUGGGCUGUCCCACAUUAAGUUGCAGGUUGAAGAUAUUUUAGAUCCUUCAGAUGAAUUAUCAGGGUUUCAGAUUUGCAUUGAUAAAGGGACUUUUGAUGCCAUCAGUCUGAACCCAGAUAAUGCCGCAGAGAAAAGGAAGCAAUAUGUGAAAGCGCUGUACAAGGUGUUGAGACCCAGAGGCUUUUUCCUAAUAACAUCAUGCAACUGGACCAGAGAGGAGCUGCUUGAAGAGUUCCGAGAAGGAACCCAGAGCAGUUUACAUUGUUAUGUUUAUCGUCAUAAUAACAACCUUGUGAGGGUUUCUUCUUCUGGAGGAGCUACCAACACCCAUCUUCUGCUUUGGAGGAAGAACUGGAAACAGUAUAACUUCUUUGGUCUUCCAACUGAAAAUAUAAAGGUUUCUGGGUUGAAUUAAUGUUACUGAAUGGAAGACCCCCUGCACUGAAUUUCAUUGGCAAAUAACAUACAAAAUAAACAAUGUGUGAGUAUAAGCAUUGAUUUGUGUACGCAACACAGAGCAGUGAAUAUAAAAUGAAAUACGGAUUAGGGAGAGUUUACACAUUUGUGGGUCUUUUGUUAGCAAACUUAAUUGUAGGUAAAUUGUAUCAAUGUACAAGAGCAAAAAUGGUUUUUUAAAACGUUUUUUUUUAAGGAUAAAAUGCUUUGCAUUUGAAAUGCAAAAUAUAUUUAAUAAACUUUGUUAUGGUAAAUAGUGGCCAGUUCAAAAAUAAAGUUGGAUUCUGCAAAGAAGAAAAAA